UCUGCGUGAGCCCCUCCCCUCUGUCGUCACGAAGAGGAACGAACAAGGAAGUUAAAAACGAGCGAGGAGGAAAUCCGAAGUGGAGUCCUUUCGUCGUUUGAACUCUGUCACUGUUAACAUACCUGAUCCACGGCGCACCAUGGCGACAGCAGACAUUGCACUGAUUGGCUUGGCCGUCAUGGGCCAGAACCUCAUCAUGAACAUGAAUGACCACGGCUUCGUGGUCUGCGCUUACAACCGAACCGUGUCCAAGGUGCACGACUUCCUGAAGAAUGAGGCGAAGGGCUCCAAGGUGAUUGGCGCCGAGUCUCUGGAGGACAUGGUGUCCAAGCUGAAGACGCCCAGGAGGAUCAUCCUGCUGGUCAAGGCGGGACAGGCUGUCGACGACUUCAUCGACAAACUGGUUCCUCUGCUCGAGGCCGGUGACAUCAUCAUCGACGGUGGCAACUCUGAAUACAGAGACACCACACGGCGGUGUAAGAGUCUGCGUGAGAAGGGCUUGCUGUUUGUCGGCAGUGGAGUCAGCGGUGGAGAGGAGGGGGCGCGCUAUGGACCCUCGCUGAUGCCGGGAGGACACAAAGAGGCCUGGCCACACUUGAAGGAAAUCUUCCAGAGCAUCGCUGCCAAGGUCGGAACAGGAGAACCUUGUUGUGACUGGGUUGGAGAUGAGGGUGCAGGUCAUUUUGUGAAAAUGGUCCAUAACGGCAUUGAGUACGGCGACAUGCAGCUGAUUUGCGAGGCCUAUCACCUCAUGAAGGACGUUCUGGGUAUGGACCACGAUGAGAUGGCACAGGCUUUCGACCGCUGGAACAAGACCGAGCUGGACUCCUUCCUGAUCGAGAUCACGGCCAACAUCUUUAAAUACCGGGACUCCGACGGUACCCAUCUGCUGCCCAAGAUCCGCGACAGCGCCGGACAGAAGGGCACCGGGAAGUGGACGGCCAUUUCAGCCCUGGAGUACGGCACACCUGUGACUCUGAUCGGGGAGGCUGUCUUCGCCAGAUGCCUGUCCUCUCUGAAGGACGAGCGAGUCGAGGCCAGCCGCAGCCUUUCAGGGCCACAGGGGGUCAAGUUCAGCGGGGACAAGGCUGCCUUCCUAGAGGACAUCAGAAAGGCUCUGUACGCCUCCAAGAUCAUCUCCUACGCGCAGGGCUUCAUGCUCCUGCGGCAGGCAGCCAAAGAGUUCGGCUGGUCCCUCAACUACGGCGCCAUCGCCCUGAUGUGGAGAGGAGGCUGCAUCAUCCGAAGUGUCUUCCUGGGUAAAAUCAAAGAGGCGUUUGACCGGGACGCCGAGUUGCAGAGCUUAUUGCUGGACUCUUUCUUCAGUAAUGCCGUGCAGGAUUGUCAGGAGUCCUGGCGUAGAACAGUCAGCACCGGCGUCCAGCACGGCAUCCCGAUGCCCUGUUUCACCACGGCUCUGUCCUUCUAUGAUGGUUACAGAACCGAAAAGCUGCCAGCCAACCUGCUGCAGGCCCAAAGGGACUACUUCGGAGCCCACACAUAUGAACUGCUGUCAGACCCCGGUCAUUUCAUCCACACCAACUGGACCGGCCACGGGGGAAACAUCUCCUCCUCCUCCUACAAUGCUUAAGGAUCGCCUUCACCUCACUCAAAACAAAAUACAACCAAGAAGGAAGGUCGCGGGGGAGGGAUCCGCGUGAGCAGACGACAUGUUACACGUUCCCACUUCAAAACCAUAAUAACCACUGAAUUUGAGGGACGCGUCUGGGACAAACCCUGUAAUCAAACGUCCUACUUCUCACGGUUGUGUUGUUGCCGUUUUUAUUUAUCAAGUGGGUUGCUGUCGUGCUAAUGUUCACCGGUCAUGUUGCCCUCCGGGUUCACGGUGUUAACUCUGGAUUAAGGUGAACCGUUGCACUGUAUUAGGCUAAAUAAAGAUUUCAAUCCCUUUAUAAAUA